AUGGACAAAUUGCUCCGUAAGAGGAAAUCGCACGCCCCACGACUCGAACGAGUUGGCCGCACUCUGGAAAAAAUGGAGGAUUCGGAACACGUCGAAGCCGAAGAUGUCAUCACUGAGAUGGAUAACCUCAACAGCAUUUGGUCGUCCUAUCUCGCCGUUCAUCAGACAAUAUUAGAUUUGGCUGAGGACGACGCCGCUUACGAGGAAGUGAUUCGCCAUCAGAUUGCUUUCGAGGAAGAAUAUUUGUCGCUCAAGAAGGGUUUAGGAAAGUUACAAAGGCGCAUAGAAUCCACCGAACACGAGGUCACAAUCAACCAACAAAAUGGUGGCAAUACCAGCGUCAUCGAAACGCUCAUGCAGCAGCAAGCACAGUUUCUUCGAGCAAUUGCAAGCAAUGCAGGAGCUUCAACUUCAUCGAUUCCUCCUACAAAUAACGAAGUACAGAACGACAUUCCAUCGCUUCCAAAUUUGAGGCUGCCCAGAAUGAAUCUGCCGAUUUUUAGUGGUAACUUUUUGGAAUGGCAGUCGUUUUACGAUCUCUUCAGUGGAUCCGUGCAUCAAAAUCCAUCGCUACGUCCGAGCCAGAAACUGUACUUCCUCAAAACACAUUUGGCAGGUGAAGCAGCAACGUUAAUUUCACACCUAAAUGUGGAGGAUGCCAAUUACCAACCAGCACUCCAAAAACUUCGAGAGCGAUACAACAAACCCCGCGAGAUAGCUAAUCUGCACAUCACCCGAUUCUUGAGCCAGCCACAUUCGACAGCUUCGUCCCCCUCCGGCUUGCGCUCCCUCCACGAUGUUUCAGAUGAAGUGAUUCGGGCCUUGGCAGCUCUCGAACGUGAAGGAAGAGAUAUUUGGUUAAUGCACAUCAUCUACGAAAAGCUGGAUGCGCACACUAAAGAAUUGUGGUGCCAGAAAAUAGUUGAGCUUGAGGAGGAUGCCGUCAACUUCGAUGCGUUGUUAAGGUUCAUCGACAAUCGAAGCUCCGCUCUGCAAUCGUCGCAACGCUCCCGAAUUUCCAGCACCGCUCCAAACAACAAGCCACAGGUAUCAAAGCCGCAGCCACCAGCCGUACCUAUGCGGCAAAAGCUAUGCCAAAACUGUUUGAGACAUCAUAGUGGCGAGGCGUGCAAGGCUGGUUCCUGUCGAAAAUGUGGUCUGAUGCACCAUACUCUACUUCACAAAGCCUUUCAACCCGCAGCACAGUUCACAUCGACCGAAGCACCCGUUUCUACUCCUCCUCAAGCCCUCAUUUCAGCCAUCAAUUUAGCCGACCAUCUCGAUGGUACGAGUGUGCUUCUCUUGACAGCUACCAUUGAUGUUUUCGAUAAAUAUGGCGCCCCCAUUCCGUUCGCGCAGUGCUCGAUUGCGCGUCGCAUCUCAGCUUCAUCAGGAAAGAUUUAUGCGAUUAACUCGGCAUUGAAAAAUCCCCCAUCAACCUAG